AUGUUUCCUGAUAGUACUAUUGCAAAGAACUAUGCUUCAGCUCACACAAAGACAAAUUGUAUAAUUAAUGAUGCCAUAGCUCCACCAAUGCAGCAAGAACUGGUAUCACAGAUGAAGAAUGGGCCAUUUUCUUUGGCAAUUGAUGGAGCAAGUGACAAUGAUUUGGAGAAGAUGAAUCCACUUACUGUACGUUUAUUUGACAUUAACACUCACAAAGUAGAAGGUCGAUUUCUGGAUAUGUGUUCAGCAACUGCAUCCACUGCUCAAGCCAUUUAUGACAAGAUGAAUGAAGUUCUAAAUAAACAUGAUAUACCUUGGGAUUACUGUGUUGGAAUGUCUGUAGACAAUACAUCUGUGAACGUUGGAAGGCACAACUCCAUAAAAACAAGGGUAGAGGAUGCUAAUGAUACAGUGUAUUUCAUGGGUUGCCCUUGUCAUAUUUUACACAACACAGCUUUUUAUGGAGGUAAGGCAUUUGAAGAGAUAGUGAACUUCUCUGCUGAUGAUUUGUGUGUUGACAUUUUCUACUGGUUUGAACACUCUUCUAAGAGAAAGAACCUUCUAUCGGACUUCUGUGACUUUUGUGAUGUUCAAUACAGACAGGUCAUUAAACAUGUAAGCACAAGAUGGCUUAGCUUGGAAUCUGCAGUGGAGCGUGUUUUGAAGCAGUACAGCCCUCUCAAAUCCUACUUUUUGUCGAAUGCAGAGCAGCAAGCAAGAUUCAAGAGAUUGAAAAAGUUAUUCCAAGACCCAAUGACAGAAAUUUACCUGUAUUUCUACCAAGCUGUGCUACCCAGUUUUACGUGUUUUAACCAACUGUUGCAGAGGUCGGAUCCAUGUAUUUUCCUGGUCUAUGAAGGCUGUUGGAGUAUUUAUAAAAAGAUCCUCGGCAAGUUGCUUAAGGUUGACAAAUUGGAAGCAUGCUUAAAGGACACCACAGGUGAUUUAAUGUGUGUCUUAGAAAACCAGAGAAGUGAUAAAGAUCUUUUUGUCGGCAUUACAACAAGAAUGCAACUUAACAAGUGUCUUGCAGAUGGUGACAUUUCUGACCAACAAGCUAAAAAGUUCUACACUGCUGUACGCCAAUUUUAUAUUGCAGCAGCCAAGCUGUAUAUGUUGAAAAAUCUUCCAUUAGGUGAUGAAACAUUGAAGAAUGCACAAUUUGUCAACUGGGAGAAGAGAGUCUCUGGCAGUUUUGAACAAGUCGCAUAUUUUGCGCAAAGGUAAGUCUCUACUUCAAUUACCAAUAAGUCAAAUAUCGAAUAAUGUUAAGGUACAUUGAUGUACAGUAAUAUAUGGUGCCAGCAGAACGUUCACAGAGUUGAGAGCUAUGAAAGUUUGGUGAAACUGACAUGUACAAGGUGUAAACUUUGGCUAAACAAAUAUAUCUCAUUUUAGGUAUCAACAUAUCUUCAACUUUAAUGCAAGACAACAUGAAAUCCUGUAUGAUGAGUUUAUUGAUUAUCAGAUGAUGAAUGACACUGACCUACCUAAGCAAGUUAAAGAGGCUGCCACUUUACGACUUGAUGAAGCCCUUUACAGCCUUCGUAUGGAUGUUAUAUGGGGUCAUUUAGGGAAUUUGAAAGUUAUUCAGCAUCUUAGUAAAGUAGCUCAGUUGGUGUUAGUACUGCCCCAUAGCAAUGCAGAGGAGGAAAGAGCAUUUAGUCUUGUCAGAAAGAACAAAACAUGCUUCAGAGGAAACCUGGACAUAAACAGAACCCUUAGUGCUAUCAUGACCAUAAAAAUGAAUUCCACUGCCCCAUGUUUUGAGUACAAGCCAACAGAUGAAGUAGUAAAGAACUCCAAGAAAGUUACUUGGCAGUUCAACAAGUCACAUAUGUCAAAAAACAAGUAA